AUGCUGAUUGAUUGUAUAUAUGAAGGAGGCUAUAGUAUAUAUCAGCCUCGAUAUUACAUCCUCCUACUCUCUCUCUCUCUCUCUCUCUCUUUCACACCUCCCUCUCCUCCCUCCCAUCCUUGCUCCCUCUCUCCUCCUCCCUCCCUCUCCUCCCUCCCUCCUCCCUCCCAUCCUUGCUCCCUCUCAUCCUCCCUCCCAUCCUUGCUCCUUCUCAUCCUCCCUCCCAUCCUUGCUCCUUCUCAUCCUUCCUCCCUCCCUCCCAUCCUCCUCCCUCCCAUCCAUCCUCCUCCCUCCCCCUCUCCCCUUCCCUCUCCCCACUCCCCUUCCCUCUCCCCCCCUCCCUUCCCUCUCCCCCCCUUCCCUCCCCUCCCCUUCCUCCCCCUCCCCUUCCCUCUCUUCCCUCUCUCUCUCCCUCCCUCUCUCUCUCUCCUUCCUUUCUCCCUCUCUCUCUCCUUUCUCUCUCUCCUUCCUUCCUCUCUCUCUCUCCUUCCUUUCUCUCUCUCCCUCCCUCUCUCCUUCCCUUCCUCUUCCUCUCACUCGUUAUAUCAGCACUUAUCUGUUCGAACUCUUAUUUUUGUUCUUCCCAUAUUUCCAGAUUUCUCUUUCCAUUAUUGUUGCUCCAUAUUUAUUUCCUAUAAUUAUGUGCCUUUGUCGUUGUUUCGCAUGAAUUAUGGCUUCGCUUUCUCGUUGUCUCGCUUUGGUCUUCAUUUUAACUUUGCAGCGAAUCUCAUCCAUUAUUUUUCGCCCAAAAUUACUGACGGCAUUCCGACCACGCACUAA